AUGGCACGGGCUAGGGAAGAAGCAGGGGACAGCCAGCUGGUGUCUGGUCGGGAGCCAUCAUCACAUAUCAUCAGAGUAUCUGUCAAGACCCCACAGGACUGCCAGGAUUUUUUGCUGUCAGAAAAUAGCAAUGUCCGCCAUUUUAAGAAGCAGAUCUCCAAACGCCUUCACUGUGACACUGACCGACUGGUACUCAUCUUCAUGGGAAAGAUCCUUCGGGAUCAAGACAUUCUGAGCCAGCGUGGCAUCCUGGAUGGCUCUACAGUCCAGUUGGUGGUGAGGACUCGUUUGAAAGGACCAGCCUAUCCUGGAACUCUGCAAGACCCCACAGGCCACUGCACCCAUCCUCCCGAACCAUCAGCCUUUGAGGGUGCAGGAAUGGUAGGUAGGCUGGGCCGGCUGGUCCGGAGUUCACCUGAUCUAGCUGACUUCUUUUGCCAGUUGGUUCAACUGCUGAUGACUGCACCAGAGUCUGUGGUACAGUUCUUGGAAGACCCUCUAAUUCAAGGCCUGGCAAGUGAGAAACAAGUCAAUGUCAACCAUGUUCCUGAAUCCUCAAGGCCAGUACAGAAACGUGACCCAGCUCUCAAGCCUCUGGAAACUUUUCAGAAGCCAGUCCAGAAGCAGGAGCUUCUGCAGGAAGACAAGAAGAGUCUGGAGGCCUUGAAGGCAGUUCCAGGUGGUGACUAUGCCAUGCGUCCAGUCUGCUCUGAUAUCCAGCAGCUUAUGCUCUCCACUCUGGCCCUAUUGGUUGACUCUAAAGGUUAUGUUCCAGGUCCAGAAUCUUGUAGAGAAGCCAAUGCUCACAGCAGUUCUGAUACCACCACCACCACUAUCCCCACCACCUCUGCACCUGCUAGGCCAUUGGUACAAGAGGUCAGUACAGGGGUAGUUGCCCAGGCCAAGGGUAUGGUCUCAAAUCAGCCCACUUCAGGGUGCAGAACUGGUAUGCCAGACUUAAACUCAGGGGAAGAUCUUCUUUCCCAGGAUAGCCAGCAACCUGUAGAGAAAGCCUCUCUAGCCUGUCAGUUGAGACCUCUGCCCUCUGUUUUGCACAGAGCCUUGCAUGUCCUGCAGCAGAAUCGAGCUCUGUUACACCAGCUGGCAACUGGCAGCUCCCAGUUACAUCAUAUUCCACUUCUUCCCAUCUUUACCAACCCACGAGCACUGCAGGCAUUGAUACAGAUAGAACAAGGCCUACAGAUACUGUCCAGGGAGGUGCCUGGGCUGGGAUCAUUUUUAUGGGACCCAGCUAGAACAUGUGGGGCUAGAAGAGUUCCAGAAACUACAGGUAGAAGACAAGGUAAUAGAGAAGAACCUGUGCAACCCACAUUGGCUGUUCUUCAUCUCCUUCAUGCAAUGGCCAAUGCUUGUUCCCAAUGUACCCAGUCCUCACUAUCCUCAUCCCUCUUCACUGGAAAUCGCUACCAGCAAGAACUGGAGCAGCUGAAGGCCCUGGGUUUUGCGAAUCAUGAUGCAAACCUGCAGGCCUUGAUAGCAACAGAUGGAGACAUUCCUGCUGCCAUUGAGAGGCUUCUAGGGGUGCCACAGGCCUAG